UUGUAGUUCAUGUGACCUCAGAAGCCGGAGAGUCCAUUAGUCGUUAGCUAAGCUCCCUGAAGUUGUGUAACAGGGAAAACAAAAGGACACUGCUCUCAGGAGGAGUCGUUCACUGACUAUAUACAAAGGGUCUGUCCUCAAACCUCUUCAGAUCCUCAACUUGAGUCGUAUCUCUCGGUAAAAUGUUCUCCCUGUCGACGUCGUUUCAGCCCCAGCAGAUGAUUGUGCCUCUCAGUCAGCUCAUCAAUGCUCUCCACUCUCUGAAGAACUCAGCCACAGCUUCAAUACAGACCCUUCACAAAGACUUCACUCCAGAACACAACUCGUUUCUAAAGGAGCCCAGUGUGAGUCUGAGGGAGCUGGGCCUGUCGGAGGUCGGAGUGAGUCAGCUGGAUGAGCUGGUCAGCAGGUUGCUGCCCUCACCGGGACCAGAGGAGCCUCCCAGUAUCCCUUCGAUAUGGAAGACCAGUCACAUUUCAACGAACAGCUUCUUUCAAAACAAGCACGGGUUUUCACACAGGCGUGCUGGAGGUUUCGCUCCACCAUUAUUCCACAGACAAUAUCACAGUCCCCUGAGAGAAGUUUGCUCAAAUCUACACUUUUUGCCUGUUUGGGUCCAGAGUCGAGGUUUUAAGACGCUGAGAUCAAAGACCAGACGAACAGAGUCUGGUUACGAUGGUUAUACUGAAUCUGAUGCCUACACUCCGACUUUCAUGAAGGGGCUGCUUAUGAGGGAAAAGGGACAAGAUGCACAGUCACUGGACCAGGUGAUGAAACAAAAGAACCUUCCAGAAAACCAGCAAGAGGCUUUCAAGACAGGCUUCACUGAGGGAUUCAUGAGGUCUCAAGCCUUCACUCAGAAAACACAAGACUCACUUAGGAGAACCAGGCUGAUCCUGCUGGUCCUUCUUCUUGUCGGCAUUUAUGGUUUGUCAAGAACCCCUUUUCUCUCGGGUAAAGGCUCCUUUUCUGACGCUGUGAGGUUCCGCACAACAUCUGGUCUGGACUCUUCAGUGGACCCCAUUCAGAUGAAAAAUGUGACGUUUGAGCACGUCAAAGGAGUAGAGGAGGCAAAGAAUGAGCUACAAGAUGUUGUUGAGUUUCUGAAGAAUCCACAGAAAUUUACCGUUUUGGGUGGAAAGCUGCCGAAAGGGAUCCUUCUUGUUGGUCCGCCCGGCACUGGAAAGACUCUCCUGGCUCGAGCUGUUGCCGGGGAGGCCGACGUUCCUUUCUACUACGCCUCCGGAUCCGAGUUUGAUGAGAUGUUUGUGGGCGUCGGUGCGAGCAGAAUCAGGAACUUAUUCAAGGAGGCAAAAGCUAAUGCUCCCUGUGUCAUCUUCAUUGACGAGCUGGACAGCGUGGGCGGGAAAAGGAUUGAGUCUCCGAUGCAUCCUUACUCCAGACAAACCAUCAACCAGCUGCUGGCUGAAAUGGAUGGAUUUAAACCAAAUGAGGGCGUCAUCGUUAUUGGUGCUACCAACUUUGCUGAAGCUUUGGAUAAUGCGCUGGUCAGGCCUGGAAGGUUUGACAUGCAGGUGACGGUGCCUCGCCCCGAUGUGAAAGGACGCACAGAAAUCCUCAACUGGUAUCUCUCCAAGAUCAAAGUGGAUCCUGCCGUUGAGGCAGAGAUCAUUGCCCGGGGCACGGUGGGAUUCUCUGGCGCGGAGCUGGAGAACCUGGUCAACCAGGCCGCCCUGAAGGCAGCUGUGGACGGGAAAGAGAUGGUGACAAUGAAGGACCUCGAGUUCGCAAAGGACAAGAUCCUCAUGGGCCCCGAGAGGCGGAGUGUAGAAAUCGACAAAAAGAACAAGACAAUUACUGCGUACCAUGAGUCUGGUCAUGCCAUCGUUGCCUAUUACACGAAAGAUGCAAUGCCCAUCAAUAAGGCCACGAUCAUGCCCAGAGGACCAACUCUUGGACAUGUGUCCAUGCUCCCCGAGAACGACCGCUGGAGUGAGACACGAGCUCAGCUCCUGGCUCAGAUGGACGUCAGCAUGGGCGGUCGAGUAGCAGAGGAGCUCAUCUUUGGGGAUGACUACAUUACCACAGGAGCUUCCAGUGACUUUGAUGGCGCCACCAAAAUAGCCAAAAUGAUGGUGACCAGGUUCGGCAUGAGUGAUAAGCUCGGAGUCAUGACCUACGGAGACGUCUCCAAGCAGAGCCCCGAGACACAAGCAGCCAUCGAACAGGAAGUCAGGGCUUUGUUAAAGGACUCAUACGACCGCGCUAAAAACAUCCUGAAGACCUACAGCAAGGAGCACAAGAAGCUGGCCGACGCCCUGCUAACAUAUGAAACUCUUGAUGCCAAAGAGAUCCAGAUGGUGCUGGAGGGCAAAUCCCUGGACCACUAGAUACCUCAGUAGACCUGUUACACUCUUUAAUCAUGUAAAUAUGACGCUGUGCGAAUGAGCUCAGGCCUUUUGGAGGCCCUGUAUUUAAUUCUUUUUUUUUUUGUUUGUAUCGGCUCUGUUGUCGAUGUGCAGAUAACAGAGAAAUGACCAUGUUUCCUCCAUUUUUCAGUUCACCUUUCUUUCCUCUAGAGAUGGCGGUCGGGUUCACAGCGAUUUUUAAGCAAUUUUAAUUUAAUCAGAUGACAAUAAAAGUUUGAUUCUACAAAUGAUUGUUCGCUUAAGUCAACAGACAUGCUUUAUCAUGGACGACUCUCACAGCAAAUGACCUUCAGAGUGUUUUCAUACAUCAGAGUUGAUAUGAUCAGUCUCUCUCAUCUGCAUAGACUAGUGAACACCAUAGGACCUUAAAGUACCUCAAUCUAGAAUGUGCUCUUUUGCUGUAGCAAGGUGCAGGUGACACCCCUGUGUAAUUGUUGAACUCCUCAUAUUAGAUUUCUGUCUCUAUUUGUUGUAUCUUUCUUGCUUUACCAUACAUACGAUGCAUUUUUUGUUCUUAUUUAUUCAAGUGCCCAAAGGUGUGUCUUAUUUCUUUGAAGUCAGCGGGAGAUCCAUUCGUCCUGAAUGACCUGUGACUGAUGACGGGUAGGAGUGUAUAUACUGUAAGUGUUUAAAAAGGAGUGGCUCGGUGCUUCUGUUCACUGCUUUAGACCUUUAGACCCUUUGCGUUUAGGCCUUCCUGAAGCAAAAAUAAAGAUCGCUCUUAUGA